AUGGAGGGGAUGAAGUUACAGGGAUUGGUGAGUUACUGCGGCAAGGUGAGGCGCCGGAGACAGUGCGCGGCGCUGGCGAAGGAGGAGGAGACAGCCGCCGUGCACAGGCAUCCGAGUAGCAGGAGCGGCGCCGCGAGCGCGAGGAGACUGCGGCGGCCGCGCAGGGCGGAGACACACUGGCGACCGGUGCUCGAUCCGAUACCGGAGGAGGAGGUCUUCCCGAGGGAAGCGAGGCGGCGAAUCCGACUGUUGCCGCUGCGAAGAGGAAGAGGCCUGGGAGACCCAUCUCCUUGGCGGCCGCAAUGGCGGGGGUGCGCUUCUGGUUCAGAAGGUCAUCAUCUCUUCUCGCUCUCCAGUUUCCUCCUCUAUCUCUCUCAUCGUUCCGUGGAUCUCGAGGACGAUCUCUUAUCCUUCUUCUCCGCAACCAACACAGGGAUAUCGGCGGUGA